AUGUCCUCUCCAGUGAUUGGUAUUUCCUUCGGUAACACUUCUUCUUCUAUUGCGUACAUCAACCCAAAGAACGAUGUUGAUGUGAUUGCUAACCCAGAUGGUGAGCGUGCUAUUCCAUCUGUGUUGUCCUACGUUGGUGAGGAUGAGUACCACGGUGGUCAAGCUUUGCAGCAAUUGGUUAGAAACCCAAAGAACACUAUAAUCAACUUCCGUGACUUCAUCGGUUUGCCAUUCUCUCAAUGUGAUGCUUCCAGAUGUGCUGCUGGUGCCCCAGUGGUUGAGAUUGAUGGUAAGGCUGGUUUCGUUGUUUCCAGAGGUGAUGUUGAGGAGAAGCUGACUGUUGACGAAGUUGUCUCCAGACACUUGAACAGACUUAAGUUGGCUGCUGAAGAUUACAUUGGUUCCUCCGUUAAGCAAGCUGUGCUUACUGUCUCCAGUGACUUCACUGACGAGCAAAAAGCUGCCUUGAAGGCCUCUGCUGCUCAAGUUGGUCUGGAGAUCGUCCAAUUCAUCAACGAGCCAUCCGCUGCUCUUUUAGCCCAUGUCGAGAAGUACCCAUUCAAGGAAGACGUCAACGUUGUCGUUGCUGACUUCGGUGGUGUGAGAUCAGACGCUGCCGUUAUUGCCAUCCGUAACGGUAUCUUCACAAUCUUGGCUACUGCCCACGACCAACACCUAGGUGGUGACAACCUUGACGCCGAGUUGAUCGAGUACUUCGCCAAGGACUUCGAAAAGACCAACAAGUGUAACCCAACCAAGAACGCCAGAUCUUUGGCCAAGCUAAGAGCUAACGCCAUGGUUACUAAGAAGACCUUGUCUAACGCUACCACCGCUACCAUCUCCAUUGACUCUUUGGCUGAUGGUUUCGACUAUCACACCUCCAUUAACAGAAUGAGAUACGAACUUGUCGCCAACAAGGUCUUCUCCCAGUUCACAUCCUUCAUCGAAAACGUCAUCGCCAAGGCUGAACUAGAUCCUCUAGAUAUCCAAGCCGUCCUAUUGUCUGGUGGUGUUUCCUUCACUCCAAAGUUGACCACCAACUUGGAGUUCAUCUUCCCAGAAUCCGUUGAAAUUCUAGGUCCACAAAACGAGAACGCUUCUAACAAUCCAAACGAAUUGGCCUCUUCUGGUGCCGCCCUACAAGCCGGUCUAGUUUCUAACUACGACAAUGAAGAACUAGCUGAAGCUCUACAACCUAUCGUUGUUAACACUCCACACUUGCCAAAGGCUAUUGGUCUAAUUGGUGCCCACGGUGAAUUCCACCCAGUCCUACUUCCAGAAACCUCAUACCCAGUCCAAAAGAAGAUUACUUUGAAGAAUGCUAAGGGUGACCUAUUGGUAGGUGUCUACGAAGGUGAACAUCACAUUCAAGAAAAGACUGUCGAACCUGAAGCCAAGGAAGAAGAUGAAGAAGACAGUGAAGAAUGGUCAGAUGAUGAGCCAGAAGUUAUCAGAGAAAAGCUUUACACUUUGAGCACAAAGCUGAUGGAGCUAGGUUUGAAAGACGUCAAGAAUGGUGCUGAAAUCACCUUCAAUGUCAACAAGGAUGGUGUAUUGAGAGUAAGUGCCAGAGACCUAAAGAGCACUACUGUCGUGAAGGGUGAAUUGUAA